AUGUCGGAGUCCAAUAGGGAUAUGCCUAAAGAGGACUCCGAUAUUUGGCUCACCGAUGUUUGGAACGCAGGUCUGGUUGUGGAUUGUAGUGGCAUCCGCGAUUCCCAGGACAAUCCCGCAUGUUUCGCCCAUAUGUGUGGGAUCAUGUGUCGAUACCAAUACGGUUGCGAAGAUAUAGGACUUAGUGAUCACGAUUUGCAGAAGCGGAGUCACAAAGUGGAGUGCAAAAGCGAAGGCAGCCGCUUCUCCAAACGAGGAUUUUGCAAAGGCUCGCACGCCAUUGAGGAACAAAGAGUUGUAGCGUUUCGUAGGUUGCAUGAAGAGAAGCUGAAGCAUGCAGCGGCACUAGCGGCUGAGCGGGAUAAGUUAAGACGCAGUUGUCGAGAUAAUAAUUCCAGAGUGGAAUUAAUGCAGCCACAGGAGCUCCCUAUUUGGGUCCGCCCUCUUAGACAGGAAUUGGUUUCCAGCUACGACGCGGCUAGGUACAAUCUGCCGGAGCUAGCGGCAUCGGUGUUGGAGUUGGACAAAUUCGGUGGUGCGGUGGCUCUUGAAAGGUUACAUGAAGAUGAUAUCUACGAAUACCAGAAGAGAGAGAUGGCCCAUGUUACAGAACAGUCUUCUCCGGAUUGUGACAUCGAUCCAACAGUUACGAUCAUCCACAACCGCAAAAUCCCGUUGAAUAUCAAAUUAGUCCACGCUUACAUGCUCGCGGGUAGAAGGAUCCCGGAAGCCUGGAAAAAGGCAUUGAUGCGCGAGGAACGGAUUUUCAAGCGAUUGAAGAGCUCUCCGAAAUGGCACGCGUUCUUAGAAGCCUACGAAAAGUUUUGCCAGCACGAAAUACUUCCUCUGUGUUGCGGGACGGAUCCGGAUAUUCAAAAAUACGGCAUGGUGAUUCAGUAUCCGCCAACGUUGAGGAUCCAUAUGCCAGGGAAAGCGCCCUCGAUCAAAAUGCAUGUUGACACAGAUUACGCGAAUCAUCAGGAGUGCGAGUGCAAUUUCUGGGUGCCUUUGACCAAAGUUUUUGGCAACAACACGCUCUGGGCAGAGUCGGAGGCGAUGAAAGGCGACUUCCGGCCUUUUGAAAUGGAACCUGGACAGCUGCUAAGAUUCGAAGGCGUCAAAUGUCGGCACUACACGAUGGCGAACGACACGGCCGUGACGAGGGUGUCGUUCGAUCUACGAUCGGUGCCGGCGACGCUGUGGCGCGAUCUGCACGGUGGGAAAAUCGGAGAUUACGGGACUAAAUUGGUGCUGCCAGCGUGGGUGGGAAGCCGUGGGUGA